AUGCAAGCAAUUUUGGGAGAUCUGGUUCCGAGUGUCACGGCAUCCUCACUCCCUGGCUUGUCUUCAUACGUCGCUGGGCCGGGAUUCCCGACUUCGGCAUUUGGAUCCUACUAUGUCUCCCCUGCUCUGCCAACCCGGGAGCCUCAGCCGAUCAUCUACGAUCCCGUGCUGGACCUUACAUUUCCCUAUGAGCUGACCAAUCCAGAUGUUAUCCCCGAGAGCUCGGAUGAGGUGUUCUAUCCCGUACCGAAGGGGAACCUAAACUCGCACCAGAAACAUGCCUUAGUCGAGGGCAUCAAGACGAAUGUUUCCGAGAUUAUCAAGUCCGGGGGCUCGGAGACUCGUUGCUCGAAGUGCAAGAGGGCGAUGGCAGCGGCUAAGCCUGCUGCCUUGUACGCUCCCCUCCUGGUGCCAGAUGCCAUGAUCAGCUUGUGCAAGACCUUCGGGUUCAAGUCUGAGGAUGCCUGCGAGGAGACUUUUGCAUCACAGGCUUUCGGCGCUAUCUGGACGCAGGUCCUGGCUUACGCUGAUCUGGAGGGUCUGGAUGGACAGUAUAUCUGCCAUUAUCUCAAUAAUGACUUUUGCGAGCAGCCUCAGACCCAACACUUGGAUACAUCCAAGUUGUUCCCUAAGCCCAAGCCAGCGCAGGUGCAAGUGCCAAAGGCCAGCGGGGAGCGUGUCAAGGUGCUUCACAUGUCAGACUUCCAUCUUGAUGCGCGCUAUGCGGUCAGUGCGGAAGCCGACUGUACGGGUGGAUUGUGCUGUCGCAGCGACAAGCAUCAUGCUGGUUCGGAGGACCACGUUGUCUCUCCAGCUUCAGCGUACGGGGCCUUCCGUUGUGAUACCCCGUAUGAUCUGGGCCUAGCUGCUCUGCAGGCCGUGGGACCUUUGACCGGCACUGGUAAGGGCUGUAAACAAGAGUCUCUGGCGUGGACUCUUUACACUGGCGAUCUGAUCUCCCAUGAUCCCGAGUCUCAAAUGUCUCGUGAAUACCUCGAGUACACUGAGACCAGCAUUUUCUACAUGUUCAAGAAGUACCUCUCGGGGCCCGUUUUUGCGACUUUGGGAAAUCACGAUUCCAGUCCCGAGAACAUCGAUUCGCCGCAUAGUCUUCCCGGGCGUCUCGGGGAGCAGUUCUCCUGGAAUUAUCGGCAUCUAGCUGGUCUGUGGCAGCACGAGGGGUGGAUCAGCAAUAAGACGGCCGAGGAAGCGCGGACCCAUUACGGUGGAUAUUCGAUCAAGACGCAUUUUGGACUGCGUGUCAUUGCGUUCAACACGGACUUUUGGUACCAUUCCAACCUCCUCAACAUGAUCAACACCACAAAUCCAGACAAUUCAGGUAUCUUCUCCUGGAUGAUCGAUGAGCUCCAAAAGGCCGAGGACACGAACGAACGCGUCUGGCUCGUUGGUCACGUCCCCAGCGGCUGGGAUGGCAGCAAUCCAAUCCCAGACCCAACCAACCUCUUCUACCAAAUCGUAGACCGUUAUUCCCCACACGUCAUUGCCAACAUAUUCUUCGGACACAACCACGAAGACCAAUUCAUGGUCUACUACGCCAACAACGGCACCGUUCAAAAUGCAAACACCGCCCUCGCCACUGGCUGGAUCGGACCAAGCGUCACACCUUUGACAAACAUGAACAGUGGAUUCCGCCUCUACGAGGUGGACACGGGAGACUUCAACGUCUACGAGGCAUACACCUUCUUCAGUAAUGUCUCCGAAUACACGAGUCUCCGUGAAACAGGGCCGACGUACCGCUUCGAAUACUCUACUCGUGAUACGUACGGUCCGGCGGCGGGGUGGGACACGGAUGCCCCGCUGAACGCGACUUUCUGGCACCGUGUCACCGAGGCUAUGGAGAAGGAUAUUAGUCUUGUUACUUUGCAGACUCAUCUUCAGGGCAGAAUGAGUGUCAAGAGCCCGGUUUGUGAUACGGAGGCUUGCCAGAAGGCCAAGAUUUGUUACAUGCGGAGUGGGAGCGUUGCGCUGGGUCGUCAGUGUCCUCAGGGGUAUGCAUCUGUCCAGAGCGCAUUCAAUCCGAAGUAG